AUGCCUUUCCCCAAUAUCAACACUCAUACUACAUUCGUUGGUGGUUCUCGGAUUUCCGUUCCUCCUGUUCUAGGCACACUCAUUGACGACGGAUCGGACGCCAGCGCUCUUGAACUUGCCUCUGUACUUGGCUAUGGUGGCUAUGGCAUAAUCUAUUGCACUUUCACUAAACGUCUCAUUUGCGUGAAAUUGUUCAUGGACAAUACCAGCACUGAAAUGCACUUUCACGACAUGACGCACCAUGGCCCCUCCUCUGCACCAAACCGAAUUAGCUUGCGACGACAUGGACGCUCAUACGGAAUCUCCUGUGUCCUCGUCAUUUUCUGCUUUCUGUCUGGCGAGUCCAAUUUAAUCGCCGUCGUCUUCGGGGCGGAUCGUUAUACAAUAUCGAAUAAAAGGUGGUAG